AAAUGAAAAAAAAGAGAAGCAAACCCUAAUUAUCCCAAUCCUAAUCUGCUCUCUUUCUAUCAACGACGGCCGGUCUCUCGUCGCCAGUCAUCUGUCUGCUUGUCUCUGCUUCGUGCGAUCGUCUGCGGUCUGCCUCUCUCUCUCAUUCAUCUUCCGUCCUCUGGUUCGUCGUCGGUCGAUUUUGUCAACGAUGCUUCACGUUUUGUGUUCCCUAUUGAAGGAUUCAUGGGAGAGACGGAGAGAAUCUUGUAAUACAUGUUUGGGCUUUUAAAAUGGCUUGGUUUCUCAUUGGGCGAUUCUCGAUUUCACUGGAGCUGCCAUUGUCACAGGAAAAAACAAGUUAGGGCCGACCCGAACCCGAACUGAGUCCUAUAGGGCCGGGUUAGUCGCUAGGAUUGUUGGUAUCUUUCUUUGCAGAAGCAAUUUCUCGGGGAAAUUUUUCGCUGUUAUCAGCAGGAGGAAAAGGCCUCACACAUGGCGCUUUGUAGAGCUCGAGCUGCUUCUUCUGCUUUGUUCAAAAGUGCUGUCCGUCCAGUUUUUCGCAAUUUCUCCACUGCUGCAGAUGUGGCCGACGCACAAAACCAGUCCUUGAUUGAGAACAUGAAACGGGAGAUGCUCCACAUGGAUAUCAACUCAAUGGUAGGAAGCUGCAUGCCCUUAGGAAUGAUGCGGAUUGGGACAAUCAUCCACAACAUCGAGGUGAACCCAGGGCAGGGCGGGAAGCUGGUCCGAGCAGCUGGAACCAACGCCAAAAUCCUCAAGGAACCCGCAUCGGGGAGGUGCUUGAUAAAACUUCCAUCGGGCGACGAGAAAUGGAUUGAUUCGAGAUGCCGGGCCACAGUAGGGACAGUAUCAAACCCUGGCCACGGAGCUAAGAAGCUGAGGAAGGCCGGGCAGAGCAGGUGGCUAGGGCGGAGACCAACGGUUAGAGGUGUGGCAAUGAACCCAGUGGACCAUCCCCAUGGAGGAGGUGAGGGGAAAAGCAAGAGUAGCGGUUGCAGGGGGAGGACGUCCGUCUCGCCAUGGGGAAAGCCAUGCAAAGGGGGCUACAAAACCGCCCGGCUCAACAAGAAGAAGUAGACAUUUGUAUUUUGCUCAUCCCUGAUAGAGAUUCAGACGUUUCUACCAGAAUCAGAAGAAAAGCUUGCCGAUGCGUGAGACGCAAGGCAAGGGACCGUACACAUCACUCUGAUGUUGCUCGUGUUUUUUCUGAUGAUAUAUAGUCUGUUAACAAGCUCCCCUGUUUUUCUAUAUCAAUAUAUGAAUAAAUAUAUGAUUUCGGUUUCAGGAUU